GUAUGCAGCCAAAGACAAGAAGACACUCCAGGCUCACCACAUAACCCACGUCCUGAACGCAGCGGAUGGGAAGUUUAACGUGAACACGGGCUACUACAGGGAACACCUUUGGAGCCAUUCCAGAUGGCCUCCUUUGACCUCUGCUUCUUCUUCUGCUCUACUGCUUCUGCUCUACUUCUUCUGCUCUACAGCCAACUUCACCAAGACCGCCCUGAGCUCGCCCAACAAUAAGCCUGGCAGGUGUUGGUCCACUGCGCUGGGUCUGAGUCGCCCCUCCAGUCUGGUCCUGACCUACCUGAUGAUCGAUGAGGAACUGACCUCUGGUGGAGAGGAUACCAUCAUGGCCGCAAACAGGAACAUCUGUGCCAUGCUGGAUUCCCUGGAGCAGUAG